AGAAGAAGAAGCAGCAUCUAAAUAAAUGGCUCCCAACUUCGGCCGCGCCAUCUCCUUCCCUCUCACCCCGGCGAGGUCCUUCUCCAAGCCCCGCCACGUCCGCUCCGUCAGCCUCCCCGGCACCACCUCAUCCCAUCCGCUCGUCGCCAACCUCCAUGCCCACAUAGCCACCCUCCGUGCCUGGAUCCAGGACACGGCCGCAGCAGCCUCGUCCCUCCCAGCCGGCCUCGCCAACAUCCACGCGCUCCAUGCCGCGCUCGCCGACCUCCUCCACCUCCCAGCGUCCGGGGCCGCGCUUCGGUGCACCACCAGCAACGCCGGCAACCACCUUCUAGACGCCUUCCUCCUCCUCGCCGACGCUCACCAGGGCUUCCAGGAGUGCCUCCUUGAGCUCAGGCACGCCGCCGCCGAGUCCCGCGCCGCGCUCCGCAGAGGGGACGCCGGCAGGCUCGCGUCCGCCUCCAGAUCGCAGCGCAGGGCCGAGAAGGACCUCGUCCGCCUCGCCGCCUCUGUAUCCGCCGUCUCUACCAAGUGCUCGCGACUGAACCUUGUCGCUGGUGCCGAGGAGGCCGAGAUGGCCGGCGCGCUCGUGGAGGCGGCCGCUGUGAGCGCCGCGGCCUCUGCAGCAGUCUUCUCCGCCGCCUCUUCCAUGUCAUCCCCGGCGUCUACUUGCAAGAAGAUAGCCAUGUUUAUUCCUGCGUUCGCCACCAAGAAGGCCGCCGUCCCCGAGACGGCGGAGGCGGCAGUGGAGAGGCUGCACGCGCUCGAGCGAUGCUUCGACGAGUGCGACAGCGCCUGCGACAUGGUGUUCAGGAGCGUCGUGCAGACCAGGGUUGCACUUCUCAACAUCAUGACGCCAACGAUCUAGUCAUCUAUCAAGUCGUGUCAUAUGUACAUAUGAUUAGGUAGGAGAUGUACAUUUUGCUGAUUCGGCACUAUACAGUGUACAUAUAUAUAUAUACAGAGGAAAAAAGAUACUACUAAUAAUAAGAUUUGUGAUUCUUG